CCUGCGCAGUGGAAGCCGGAUUGUUGCAGGCUCAGACAGGGCGGCCCGUUACCAAGCGAGCACCGCACCGCACCGCGCAUUGCCCUAAAGGACUCCGCUGCCAUACGCGUUUAACAACACAGAACACAGGGAUGGCAGUGAAUGUGUACGCCACAUCCGUGUCCAUUGACAACCUCAGCCGCCAUGACAUGCUGGCAUGGGUCAACGAUUCCCUGCAUCUCACGUACACCAAGAUCGAGCAGCUCUGUUCAGGAGCAGCAUAUUGCCAGUUCAUGGACAUGUUAUUCCCAGGUUGCAUUCUUCUAAAGAAGGUCAAAUUUCAAGCUAAACUGGAGCAUGAAUUUAUACACAACUUUAAAGUUCUUCAAGCAGCUUUUAAAAGGAUGAGUGUUGAUAAAAUAAUUCCAGUAGAAAGGCUUGUUAAAGGAAAAUUCCAGGACAACUUUGAAUUUGUGCAGUGGUUCAAGAAGUUCUUUGACGCCAACUACGACGGGAAGGAGUACGACCCCAUGCUAGCCAGACAGGGGCAGGACGUGGCCCCUCCCCCCAAUCCAGGUGAUCACUAUACCCACAAACCAAAGAGAACCCCAGGACCACAGCGGACAUCUCCAACAGUUCCUAAAAACAUGCCAACACCACAGCGAGUCCAGCACAACAUGCCUGCCAUAAGGAAGAAUCCGUCUUUGUCCAGAAACGGGGGCAGUGACGCCGAGAUCAUGGAGCUAAAUCAACAGUUGAUGGAGUUGAAACUGACAGUCGACGGUCUAGAGAAAGAGAGAGACUUCUACUUCAGCAAACUACGGGACAUUGAGCUCAUCUGCCAGGAACAUGAGAGUGAAAACAAUCCUGUCCUCAGCAGGAUAAUUGACAUUCUCUACGCAACAGAGGAAGGCUUCGCCCCUCCAGAUGAGGACGACCUGGACGAACAAGGUCACCUGGACCAGGAUGAAUACUGAACCCCAGCCACCCUUCUUUUCUUUUUCGCCCUCAUUUCUUUUUCUACUCUGCACGCUUUCUAGAAAACACUCCUCCUUAUUCCCGCUCUCCGUCUGUCUUUUUUCUUUUCUUAACCAUGUGUAUAUCUGUUGCUCACCCAGCCCUCCGCCCGCUAGCUGUCUUCCCACAACUGCUCCAUCUUAUCAUUUCCUGCCACCCCCUGCCUCCCCUCAUGCAGUUACAGUUAUAGUAAAGAGCGACGAUAUCCCGGUGAUUUUUAGCAUGAGCAACGCACAAUAACAAAACUGGAACAACCGGAGUAACAACAAAAGCUGAGUUUCUGUCUUUAAAGAUUAACAGCAAUGAUUUCUAAAUGACUACUACUCCCCCCCACCCCCACUUCAGUUAUUUAUUUGCCUUUAUGUGCGCUGUUAACACUACUGUGAGGGCACAGAACAACGCUGCUCCCAAGUGCCAUCAUGACACUAUUUGAGCCACUAAAACCUGUAACAAGAGUGACUUUUGAUUAACUUUUUUUUCUUCUUAUUUAUUUAACUUAUAAUUCGUUUCUGUUGAAUUUCUGUAGCAGAACUGUUGCAAGCCUGCUGUGUGUAAACUAAAAAAAAAACAAAAAAAACAACCGAGGCCAAGGUGUGCUGCGGUCUGUGCUCGGGUCCGCGUCAAGCUUCUGUGUUUUGGGUUGGCCGGGUUUUAAGCAUGUGAAAAUGCUGGAGGAAGUCGUCUGGUUGCGACGGCUUCGGAGAAGUGAUCCUUGCUCUGCGAAUAUUCCUUAUGUACGAGCAAACAUAUCUGAGCAUGAGAAUGUUACACAGUGACUGUGAAUGAGUGAUAUUUUGUAAAUGUACUUUUUGUGAAGAUUUUGUAAGUCGUCUCAAGAUUCCGGUUUAUCCCCCCCACAGUAUCCUAUAGGCUGAGGAUGCACUGGCCUUUAAGCUUGACGUGCAGACUGAAAAUAUGGUUAUGUAGCAGUAUACAACUAUCAAUACAAACACAUUUAUACAUGACAGCUUUCUCUUUUACCGCUAAAAAUCUGUGUGUUUUUAUGUCCAUUUGCUGAAACGUUGCCCAGAGUUCUGGUCGCCAUCUAAAGGAACGCUCUGGUCUGCGGCCAUUUGACUGGGAAUCAUCCAGUUAGACAACCCGACGCCUCCUUUUUCCUUCCCUAAGCUGUUUUUUGAUUUGCAAACUGGCUGUCGUCAGCCCGCUGGAACACGCAUUCAUUGACCAUGUCCACAGAACAAUCAUCCUUUGGGUUUUCAAUAAAUACACAGUUGUUGGAACAAUG